AUACCUACUCAGAUACAUUUUUAUCGAUAAAAUUCUGCCGAGAGAGUAUCUUGUGUCCGUCGUUAUAACGUCCAUUCAUCAUUUUUUCAUCGUUUUCGUUUGUCGUUGUUGUAUCGUUUGCUUGGUCGAGUGAUGAUGUGUAGUAUGCGUGUGGAGAAACGCACUUCAUAAUAAAGUUGAACUUGCCGGUGUGGUGUUUUCAGACAGCAUAGUGACGAUUACGUGCAGUUUUUUUUUUUUUUGUUUAAAGAAGAAAAAAAAGGCACGCACUUUCUUGUGACGUUUUGGCGGCAAUAAUACAAGUGAACUCAAGAAGUUGAGGGGAAAAAGUAUCUAUAGAAAAAAAUUGAUGAUGUUUUUAUUCAAAUUUUGAGUAAAAAAAAUAAAUAAAAAGUAACAAUUUUAAGUCAAAUUGUACAAAUUUUUUUUGUCUGCAAACAAAAAAAGUAUACAAAAAGUGAAACAAACAGAGUCGGGAUCGUGGUUUGAUUUUUUUUUUGUCGUCUUUAGUUCGGGAUCGGGAUUCAAAAAAAAAAAAAAAAAAAAAAUAUUUCACGUUGAUUGAUUUGUAAAUCGUGCUGCACAUUUUUAAAUGGUUACGAGUUUUUGGAAAUUUAUUUGCAUGGCUUAUGUUAUUUUGCUGCAAUUCGACAGCUUAAAAGAAUCUAGACGUUACAACUUUAUGUCCAUGAUAUAAUAUGCACCAACAUAUUUCACCGAAGAAUUUCUCUAAUCAUAGACAUGGACCUGCUACAGCUGAUGUCCACCGAUGAUGUUAAUAGUGACUGUGAAUCGGAACAGCACGAACAACAACCGUUUGACACUACUACGUUACUUCUCGGUGACGAUAGUAAUGGUGACGAUGGAAUUAAUACAUCAAAUCGGGUUGACAUUCAUGACAAUCGAAACCGGAAGAACAUGGUUCCGUUUCUUAAGUCAAAUUACAAGUACAAAAGAAGAGUGCCGCGUGAGGUGUGUUGCGCUACGCGGACGACAGAACGCGCAAUCGCACAAGUAAUAACUCCGAUGACAGCGCCACCACGUCAUGAGACGGAGUAUAUCUCAGAGCAAGUGGAAGUGGAACGUUUUGGGCAUCUAAUGCCGCCGCCAAGUGAUAGUUAUUUUAAAGUUGUCGCAGUCGGGCUUAUUGUGAUGAGCGCCGUCGUUAUUGUUUUUCGUGAUAUUUUGUUGAGUCUGUGUAGACGUGUUGUACGUGAGUGGCGGCGGGUACGGGUGUGGUGUAAAAAUAGCAAUAAAUUGUUUUGUCGGCUAAGUGAGAUGUUGUUUGUUGAGGUGAAAAGAUUCACAUCAACGGACUUGGUUGGUUGGAGCAGGAGAGGAGGUAACAGUGAUGGCAGCAGAUGGCGAUAUGGUGGUGGUAUGACAGAGGUAGUGAGCUGGAGCAAGUCAUUUGGCUUGGAAUAUGUCAGUGCGAGUUUGAAGUUAAUUUACUUGACACUUUUUAUUGCACUCUGGAUGACAGCUUACGAAGUAGAAGCCGGAACAUGCUGGAUGGAGCGCAUGGAUAAUGGAAAGUGUGAAACCGUGUACUCGAAGAACAUGACGAAGGCUCAGUGCUGUGGCAAGAAUCAAAUGUUCUCAUACACCGAGAAGAAUCUAUCGAAUGUGGAGUACUUUUUCGCAUUGGCACUAGGUGGCGGUACAGAGUGUGUACCAUGUUUGGAAAGUUGCAAAGACGUCAACUGUGGUCCAAAUAAACGUUGCGUCAAACGCAAAGGCCGACCCAAAUGUGUCUGUUCACCGCAAUGUGGUUCCGGUAAAAAGCAGCACAAAAAAUCCCAUCACAAGCGCAAACAACAGCAAUUAAACCAACAGAAUGGCUCCUUAAAGCCACCGCAUGUUAUCGAUGUGAGUCGCAGCAAGGAGCAGCACGUUUCAUUAGUUAAUUUUCAUAGUCCAAUAACCAUAAGAGAUAUACGUAGUUUAAGUAGUGAAAUUAAUAAUAGCAAUCCGUCCUUAUCCUCUUUAUCAUCAUCCUUCCCAUCCAUGGAAUUAACAAGUCCAGGAGAUCACAUCUCACAAUUGAAUAGCCGAAGAAAAAACCAAAGAAUACCAAUCCUAUCGACAAAUCCAAUCACAACAACAACCAAAAAACAUCAUCAUCGACUUCAUCAUCAUCAUCAUAAUAAACAUCAUAAAGAGCAGCAAGAAGAUGAUGAUGAUCAAGAGAACGAACAUCACACAGCAAAGCUGCCCCAACGCCGUCAUGCCAAAACCGAUCGCACCAAAGGCGAUCAACUGAUUAUAACAGCCGACGAUUUGGUCCGUCCCAGUACCGAGCGCGAUAAUGAUUUGGCCGCCGAAAGCAAUUCAUUAAGAAUUCGAACUAGUUCUAGCGUUGGUGUGGCUUCGGUGGACACCCAUCAUCAGGAUGGCAACAGGCAUCAUUUCAAAAAACACGCCAAACCAAAACGCAAAAUCAGCGAUAAAAAUGGAUCAACGCAUAACUCCUUCCACAAUGGAACAGCCAUUAGGGCGACCACAAUGAUGACAACAGCCUCCACAACAGGAAGGUACCGUAACGAAAUGAAAAUAGCUGAUCGGCUCCGGCAUCGUCCACCGCCGCCGCCACCGCUGCCAUCAUCUUACGCUUCAUCAGCGCUCGAUCAGGGAUUUAAGCACAGGAAGGCCGUACCUCAGCCAUCGAAUAACUACAACAACAACAAAAACACAGAUCUACAUCACCUUGGGCAUCAGGAUAACGCUGCUGCUGAUGAUCUGACAUUCGAUGAUAAAAUCCACAAUGGAUUCUUUAGCAAUGGCUUCCCGUAUCCGCAUCAGGAGCUGUCGGCUUUCCCUCUUUAUCUAAUUUGCAUGUGCUGUGUGCAUCCUGCUGAACGAAACUACACCCGCCCUUUUGGAUUUGCCAAACCAAUCUUUGACUUUUUCUUCGACAAAAACGAUCCAUCUCUUCCAUCUUCGAAAUUGGAAUUUAUGGUCAUUGCAAUGUGCGUUUUUGUUGUCAUGGUGGCGGGGGGGGAGAUUUGUAUAUAGACAGACGAAGGUCGUUAUACUCAUCCGGUAUGUGGCAGCGAUGGACGAACUUACAACACCGAGUGUCAGUUGAAGAAACGUGCCUGCCGGACAGAUAAUUCAGCUCUAGUCGUUGCCUAUCGUGGACAUUGCCAAACGUCCUGUAAAAAGGUCAACUGCAUGAAUGGAUUGCAAUGCGUCGAAGAUCAUUACGCAAUACCGCACUGCAUUGUUUGUGCAAUCCAAUGUCCAGCUGACGACAAUACCAAGAAGAUUGACCCGACACGAGCCGUCUGCGGCGUCGAUGGCAAUACAUACAAAAGCACAUGCGAUAUAAAUCGCAUGGUCUGCAAGAUCGGACGUUCGAUUGCCGUUGCAUACCCGGGGCCAUGCCGCGAAGAACGAUCGAGUUGUAGUGAUAUAAGCUGUGGACCCAAAAUGACAUGCUUGGCGGAUUUGCUAACUCAUCGGCCGAGAUGUGUUUCGUGUAAAUUCAAGUGUUCACGGAAACGUCGACCAGCGAAUAUUCGCUAUGAAGAAGGAAAACUUUGCGGAAAUAAUAAUCGUACUUAUAACUCAUGGUGUGAAAUGAAAAAGGAUUCAUGUCAAACUGGUCUCUUUAUUGAUAUAAAAUCAAUUGGUGAAUGUAAACCAUAAA